AUGAAAUCGCUACUGGUACUGGUGUUUUAUUUGGUGGGAACUGUGUUGGGAUCUCCAACAAUUCCAUUGGAAGAAACAAAAGGUACUCCGGGUGAUGGAAGAAUCAUAGGAGGCUAUGAAGUUACAGAUAGUACAUUGUUCCCCCAUCAAAUUGCUCUUAUGAACUACAACAAUGACCAAUUGUUCUGUGGGGGAUCUCUAUUAUCUGAAAUUUUCGUAUUGACAGCUGCUCAUUGUGUAUAUGGACGUACGAAGGAGUCAAUCUACCUUCGCGCAGGUAAUGUGGACCUUUAUAAUAUUCCAGACGUUCAAGCUGAGCGCGUUUUAAACAUUUUUGUGAAUCCGUAUUACAAUCCUCCAAGCAAUUUUGGAGAUCUUGCUAUUUUAAAAACCACUAGCUUUACCCUUGACGAGUAUGUGUGGCCUGUAAGACUUCCUGUUCUUGGCACUACAUGGAGUGAUGGAACCAUGCUAACUGCAACUGGAUGGGGUAGAUACAGUAACGAUAAUAAUGACGUGUCUCCAUUACUAAAAGCGGUUGAUCUCUCACUCGUAAGUGCAAUUGAAUGUGAACAAGCAUUUCCACUUCAGUUUACGUAUCAUAUGUUGUGUAUGUACGGAUUUAAUAACAAUGUUUGUAACGGAGAUUCCGGUGGUCCAGUAAUUGCAACCGGCAGCACAAAUUUUCUUGUUGGAGUCGUAUCGUUUGGUGCUCCACUGUGUGCGACAACGAUCCCUGACGUUAUCAUUAACGUAGCACAUCCUAACAUGCGUAUGUUUAUAAAUGAAACAACUGGUUUAUAAUAAUUAUAUGUAACUUUAGACGAUGAUACGUUUAAAGUGCGUUGAGAAUGGACAUUAAAUAAUUUUGCAACAUAA